GAAGAGUGCGGGAAAUACUUUUCAGUGAAGCUUAGUCUUCACACACAUCAGAGAUCUUACACGGAGAAGUUGCAUACCUGUCCGGAGUGCGGGAAUUGUUUUUCAUAUAAGUCUAGACUUUACAUAUAUCAGAGAUUUUACACAGGUGAAAAGCAAUAUGUCUGUCCUGAGUGCGGGAAAUACUUUUCAAUGAAGCCCAGUCUUCACACACAUCAGAGAUCUUACACGGAUGAGAAGUUGUAUACCUGUUCGGAGUGCGGGAAAUGUUUUUCAGAGAAGCCAUUUUCUUCAUAUAUGACAGAGAUCUCAUACGGGGUAAAAGCCAUAUUGGGGACAAGAGGUUGA